UAAAACCACUUACAGUUGUUAAAAUUCGAAAUCGAUUUUUUCAAAAGUUUUGCUGUUUAAAUUAAGAAAAGUCAGUAGAAUAUGUAUUUCUUUUGACAUUUCUUAUCGAAAGAAAAAAUAACAUACAUACCCCUAAAACACCCUAUUGAUACGCCAAUGUUGAAUUCUGUCAAAAUUAUAAUAACAAAACAGUUCAAUCGAUUACUUAACCUGUCUGUCCGGUAAAUGGAUUAUUAAAGUUUUGCAGUAGUUUUUACAGGAAAUUCAGUUGAUAAACGCCUUCAUUUGAUUAUCAACGUUUCAGCUCCGGCUCAGGUCCAGGAUGCGUGCCACUGUAACGUUGCUGAAAUCACGCCUACCGCAGAUCGAGUCAAAGGUUCCGUUUCAGGAAAUCUUACCCUUGAAGCUGAAAAAUACAGUCAGUGGUAAAACAGAUAAGACCAGCGAUGUCGCCUGCCUGCAAGAGAUGGCCGUGAUGUUCUCCUGCCUCAAAACGAAUGAAUUCGACGAGAGUUUGUGUGCGAAGGAGGUGUCCACUUUUAAGAAGUGUUAUAAGGUGUAUAUUGACAAAAAAGCAGCGAAAAAGGAAACCUCCGGUAAGGGAACCCUGGUACCAGGUAGGGAUCUUAACUACAAGCAGCUUAAUAAAGUAUUGAGACAGUAUCCCAGUUAGUGGCAGAGAACUUAUUUCGGAUUUAGUGAGAAUGUGGAUAUAAAAUACGCUAUUGCUUAGUUUAUUUUAA